GUCUGUAUUGUGCCCUGUGCCCCCUCAGCGUCCACUGACAGAGCGGGGAGACUGAGCAGCCCCUCACUGGGGCUGGACCCGUCUGUCUGCUGUACAUGUGUGAAGUUCCCGGAUGAGCCUCUCGCCAUUUUUGCCCCAGUGGCGCCGGUGGACAGCGGGGCUUCAACACGGUUCAGGCUGCAGCUGCUGCUCCUACGAGGGCCUGCCGCUUCACACAACACUCCUCUUUCACUAAUCCGUUGCUGAAGUGCGCUUCUAUCACACUUUUCCGACAUGGUUAACCGGGAGGACUUAGUAUAUCAAGCCAAGCUUGCCGAGCAAGCUGAGAGAUACGACGAAAUGGUCGACUCGAUGAAGAAGGUGGCUGGAAUGGAUGUUGAGCUCACAGUUGAAGAGAGAAACCUGCUAUCAGUGGCGUACAAGAAUGUUAUUGGUGCACGAAGAGCAUCCUGGAGGAUAAUUAGUAGUAUUGAGCAGAAAGAAGAAAAUAAGGGUGGAGAAGACAAAUUGAAAAUGAUUCGGGAGUACAGGCAAACGGUUGAGACUGAGCUGAAGUCAAUCUGCAAUGACAUCCUUGAUGUUUUGGACAAGCACCUAAUUCCAGCUGCUAAUUCUGGAGAGUCCAAGGUCUUCUACUACAAAAUGAAGGGUGAUUACCACAGGUAUCUCGCUGAGUUUGCUACAGGAAACGACAGGAAGGAGGCUGCAGAAAAUAGUUUGGUCGCUUACAAAGCUGCUAGUGAUAUUGCAAUGACAGACCUUCAACCUACACAUCCCAUACGCUUGGGUCUUGCUCUUAACUUCUCUGUAUUCUACUAUGAAAUCCUCAAUUCACCUGACCGUGCAUGCAGGUUGGCAAAAGCAGCGUUUGAUGACGCUAUUGCUGAGCUGGACACAUUGAGCGAAGAAAGCUACAAGGACUCCACACUCAUCAUGCAGUUGUUACGUGAUAAUCUGACACUAUGGACUUCAGAUAUGCAGGGAGAUGAUUCCUAAAUGGAAAUAUGUUAAUUGCCCACAAACUGUAUUUGUGAGGAACAGAAUAAAGAGGCGCUGCAAGAUGUGGAGGAUGAGAACCAGUGAGACAUCACAGCCAAUACGAGACUCCACCCCACCCCACUCCUUCCCAAACCCACUCACAAAGGGAGCCACCAAGCCGAACCUCAAGAGUGACACUCAACAGCUUGAUGCCUCCAUUUUUUUUCUCCCUUUGUUUCAUUUUUAAUAUUAUUCUUUUUAUUAGUCCUUUAAUUGAAAUAAAAGAACCACUUCUGAGACAAACAUUAAUUGUAAUUUCUGAUGGGCAGAGCUUAAAGAGUUCUUGGAAUUUUUUUUUUUUCUUUUGUCCUGGUACAAUGUUCCUUUUUUAUGUUUAUUUGCUUUAUUCCUCAACAUUUUAUCAGUUGCUGGAUAUAUUUUGAGUUUUUCUUAAUGUAAUUACAAAAUUAACUUUUAUUACUAUUACUGAUAUGUCUACUAUUAGGCUAUUAGUUGUUGGAGCUGUAAUAUUUCUGUGUUAGUGCAAUUAUUAAAUGCAGUUAAAAUGAUUAAAACUUUGGAAAGGGCGAGUCGAAAUAAAGUGCUCUUUGUUAAUUUAGAUUUUCAGAGCAACUUGCAAGUUUCUUGAUAUCCAUGUGGAGCAAAUUGCUUAACAUCACAAAGUAGAAGUUAUGUAGUGAUUCUUUAGCAGUGGUCUGGACUGUAAUUUGUGCUAAAAUACUGUAUUGCGCACAUAGGCUGAUGGUGGUGGAGGGAUAGAUGCAGCUCUUAAAAAAAAUACAUUAUGGAAGGAGCCUUAUUGCUUUUAGAACUCAAAUGCAGGUCUCCAUUGGCUGUUUGAAAAGAAUAAAAAGCACUAAUAAAGUUGAUUUUAAGCCCACCUAAAGAUAUGAAAAAGUCUUUCUCUUCUUCCCCCAAAUUUAGACAUUGCCUACAAUUUCUUCUGUACUUUUUGUUCAUAUUUAACUUGAAGCUAAUUUGUACUACUGGAAAUAUGACUGGAGCCACAGACAUACAAUCUGUAUUGUUCUUACAGAGAAACAGCAUGGAAUUAAUAUUGAAGUUAAAAUAAAACUGCCUCAAAGAAAACCUG